GAAAUAAACUAGGCGAAACGGAAACGACUACAACAAGCCUUUUUAUUUUGAUAUAAAUACCACCUGACACGAUUUAUAACGGCCAAUCGCCUGAAAGCAAGCCACAGUUGGGCGAAGUCUCGCUCGUAAGGAGAGGAACUCGAAAACGGUUUCAAAAGAUUCGCACACUCUUUUCGAAGGACCUUGAAAGUGGACUGUUCUCGGCUUUUGUCUCGAGACCUUUCGAUAGUUAUUUCAAGGUUUAAAAUGAAGGUUCUUUGCGUGACGUUAGUACUGAUGGCGCUUGUGUGCUCGGUACAGAGCCGAAACCUGAGACACAAAGACUAUGAACGAGAAUUACAAGAUUACAGACGUGAUUUUGCAAGAGCGCUAAGUAUGGUAGAACAAGACGCAUUUCUGCCCAAACCCCGACCAGGCCGAAGAGAACAGGACUCUUCCAAUUAUGAAUUUCCCCCAGGCUUUCACAGACCCGGAAAGAAAAGGUCCUUCAAGGAAGAAAAGUAGAAGUCAAACCAGACACCACUAAGUGCCGUAGCACCAAAAGACAGGCGCAUCGAUCUGCCGCUGACCGUUGCCCAUGCGGCAGCCAUUGUUUUAGGUUAACUGUAUUAUACCAUUUAGGUUUGUUCUCCGUGUAAUAUAAUAUAAAUGAGUUCUAGUAAAA